AUGACUGCCAGUAUCAUUCUUGCCGUAUUGUCAUCACUUCUCAUGAUUACCUUCAUCAUGAACAUGCUACCUGUAAAGUUGUCACUUCAGUUAUCACCUUCAGUGCCUUUACUAGCAUUACCAUCAUCCAUCUAUGAGAGCUCAGUUCCUGCCGGCACGACCAGCGGUAUCCGCGUACGGCAAACAGCGGGCACGACCAGCGGCAUCCGCGUACGCCAAACAUCCGGCACGACCAGCGGCAUCCGCGUACGGCACACAGCCGGCACGAAGACCUGCAGCAGCACACUCAGCAGCAGCAGCGGCGCGAUGUCUGCCUCGGAGCACACCGACCGCCUCCUUGCUCUGGUCGACGCGGGCGCCGCAGAAGGGAUGCAGGCCGCCCUCGCCGCCCUCUCGGCUGAAGCUCGCGAAGAGUUCCUCGACGAGGGUCCCCUGCACUUGGCCGCCCGCAGAGGCCGCGGGCGGGCGGCGGAGGCGCUCCUCGACGCGGGGGCCGAUCCCAGCGGCCGGGCUGCCUUCGGGUGGAGUCCCCUCCACUUCGCGGCGCGAGAGGGCCACACUUCCCUGGCGGAGGCGCUGACGGCGAGGGGCGGCGACCCGAACGCCAGGGACCUGUGGGGCAGGACGCCGCUGCACGUGGCGGCCACUUCCGGAAAGACGUUUAUGCUGGAAGUCCUCCGGGGCCGCGGGGCGGAAGUGAACGCCGAGGACUUAGCGGGCGACACGCCCCUCCACAAGGCAGCCUCGCAAGGGAAGCGUCCCGCUGUGGUCACACUCCUGGCGCUCGGGGCCCUCGUCCACAAGCAGAAUCUGGAGGGAAAGACUCCGAAGGACCUCAUGGGGCCCACCUCCGCGCAGGAACUUUUCUCCAUGGGCAGGGCGCUGGCUGCGGCCGGGAAGGAAGGGAGGAAGAGGAUGCAGGAGGAGCACGAGGAGCAGGUCCGGGAGAUGAACAGGAAGUUGAACGCGAAGGAGGCGGAGGCGACCGUCCUGCGGAGGGAGGCCAGGGACCUGAGGGAAAGCAUCAGGGAAAGGGAGGAGGAGAUCAGAUCGCUGAAGGACGAGGUGCAGGACGUGAGCGCCGAGUGUGAAGACAGGGAGGCCGAGGCGGAGGAACUGCAGAAGGAAGCCAAAGACCUGAAGAAAAUGCUAGCGAAGAAAAGAGAGGCGAUCACAUCACAAAAGGAGGAGCACGAGGAGCAGGUCCGGGAGAUGAACAGGAAGUUGAACGCGAAGGAGGCGGAGGCGACCGCCCUACGGAGGGAGGCCAGGGACCUGAGGGAAAGCAUCAGGGAAAGGGAGGAGGAGAUCAGAUCGCUGAAGACUUCCCACGGGAAACACGUGCGAGCGAUCCAGGAGCUGAAGACGCAGUUAAAGGAGAAGGAAGAGGAGCUUCGGCAGGCCCAGGAACAACACAAAGAAAGGGUGAAAAAUCUCAAGAGCAAGGCAAAGAGGAAAGAAGAGGAGGCGCAGGACGCAGUCGAAGAGCAAAAGGACCUUCGCGACAAGCUGAAGAAACGAGACGCGAAGAUCGAGUCCCUGACGAAGCAGCUGGAGGAGAAAGAACGGAUUGGAUACCUCGUUUCCCCGGACCUGCCGUUGCCAAACGAACUCGAGUCAACGAACUUGAGCAAAUCCUCGAUCCCCAAAGAGAGGAAAGGUCGGAGAGAAGUGAGCAAAGGCAUGUCUUUAAAGGGAGCUGUCAGGUGCGACUCACAGCAAGCAGCAGACAGGGACGAGUCGCGGCAAGCAGUAGGCAAGGACGACUCACGACGACCAGCAGACUGGGAUGAAUCUCUACAAGCAGCAAACAUGGAUGAGUCCCCAAAGGAAGCAGGCGAAGAUGAAUCUUCACAAGCAGUAAGUAUGGAUAAGCCCCCACAAGCAGCAGACAGGGGUGAAUUUCCACAAACAGCAAGCAUGGAUGAAUGUCCAGAAGCAGCAGACAGGGGUGAAUUUCCACAAACAGCAAGCAUGGAUGAAUGUCCAGAAGCAGCAGACAGGGGUGAAUUUCCACAAACAGCAAGCAUGGAUGAAUGUCCAGAAGCAGCAGACAGGGGUGAAUUUCCACAAGCAAAAAGUAUGGAUGUGUCCCCACAAGCAGCAGACAAGGAUGAUUAAACACAAGAAGUAAGCAGGGAUGCGUCCCCAUAGUCAGAAGGCAGGGAUGAUUAUACACAAGUAGCAAGCAUGGCCGAGUCCCCGCAAGCAAGCUCGGAUGAAUCCCAACAAGCAGGGAUGAAUAUACACACGCAAUAAGCAGGGGUGAGUCCCCACAAGCAGAAGGCAGGGAUAAAUUUCCACAAAUAGGCAGGAAUGUCCUCACACAAAGAAACCCUAGGAGAGUGUCUGAAAGCAGCAGGCAGGGACGAGCCUUCGCAAGCAGUAAGCAGGGAUGAUUCUCGACACGCGGCCUGGGGCGUGCGAAGCCCUGUUGGUUACCUUCAGGAGAGAGCGGCCAGUGGGCUCUGGCAGUCCCGUCUCUUUGGCUGAAAAUGUCUGUCUGUUCUACUGAGAGAGAGAGAGAGUGAACGAGUUUGCGUCUCGCCCAGACCACGAACGUUAUACCGUAUUUUUAACCCUCUUGUUAAGGUGGCGGGAUCGUGUGUGUGUACAUAUAUUAUAUAUAUAUAUAUAU